GAACCAUUUUUUGCAUCCCUGCAGUCGAAGAUGUAAAACGAGCAGAUGUUGAAAAAUCUACAAAUUCGUAGAGUAGAUUACUAUUGGUAAAAUUGUUUUAUUAUUGUUGAUUCAACUCUCUUAUAUACGGUUUAAAAAUUUAUAAAGACCUGUGAAGCACGUAAAGGAAGUGUCUUAUUAUAACAGAAAGGAAUAAACUGGAGAGGCUUCAUUGAGUUGCAAGUAAAAAUAUAAUAAGCACUCUUUCAACCAAAUGAGAAUUGCGGACAUAACAUUUGUAAGAGCCUAAAAAUGUCAAAUUUGCAACGCAGUAUUCUCAAAAAUAGACUACCGCCUACAAUACCUGGUGGUCGGAUUGGAAGAAGCGACUCAUUUAAAAAGUCCCGAAUUAGGGAUUUCAAGCCGGCACYCUGGAGUGAGUUCUUUGCUGAAAAAGAAGACGUGGUCUUAGACGAGAAUCGUACUUUCCGUAUAUAUCGUACAAAAACCCCWGAGAAACCUGGGCCGAUUUUACUACUUCUUCAUGGAGGGGGUUAUUCUGGUCUGACAUGGUCGCAUUUUUGUGUGGAAAUAACCCGCAUUAUUCAUUGCCAGUGUCUUGCAAUCGAUUUACGAGGUCAUGGCGACACUAAGACAGAACUUGAUGACGAUCUUUCCUCAGAUACACUUGCAAAGGAUAUAGGAGACCUAGUAUUGCAGCUUUACCAAGAAGAUAUUCCUCCCAUCUACCUUGUUGGUCAUUCGAUGGGAGGUGCUAUUGCUGUUCAUUUCGCGCACAAGGCAAUUGUCCCAAGUAUAAUUGGUAUAACUGUAAUUGAUGUAGUCGAGGGAACCGCUAUGGAAGCUUUGGCUAGCAUGCAAAGUUUUCUACGUUCGCGUCCCACUCACUUUAAAAGUAUUCCAAAUGCUAUAGAAUGGUGUAUUAGAAGUGGCCAAAUAAGAAAUGUAGAGAGCGCCAAAGUUUCAAUGCCUGGUCAAAUCAUUAAUUGUGCAACGCAGCAGCUAGCUACAAACGAACUACCAUUGUCUGAAGAUGAAAUCGAGGACAGUGCCUCAACAAGUAACUUUACACAUCCUUUCAGUAUUUCCGAAGAUGAAGAAAUGGGCAACGAUAAUGGAGGUGAUUCCGUUACUUCAGCUGCUAGUACCGCACUCGGGGGAGAAAAUGAUGGUAGCUCGGAUUCAUCAGAUUUUAARAAACCAUUUAUUGGACACGUUGAAUCUCCGAAAAGGUAUACUUGGCGCAUUGAUCUGUCCAAAUCAGAAAAGUACUGGGUUGGUUGGUUUACCGGUUUAAGCGAAAAAUUUUUAAAUUUACGUGUCCCGAAACAACUUUUACUGGCCAGCAUUGAUGGUUUGGAUAAGGCUUUAACUGUUGGUCAAAUGCAAGGGCGUUUUCAAAUGCAAGUGCUGGCGCGUUGUGGACACGCUGUGCAUGAAGAUCGUCCACAUGAGGUAGCGGAGGUUAUUAGUGGCUAUCUUAUACGCAAUCGAUUUGCAGAAGCAGUUGGCGAAUUUCACUUUCAUUUGCCAUCAUGUUAAUUUUUACAGUGCCAAUUAGCAUUAGAGAAAAAUUGGUUAUAAAAAGGAUUCAUCGAGAAUGCAAUCAAAUUCAAAGAUUUAAUUCGGAAAGUAUAUUUCACAUAGAGAACGAGAAAUAUAUGCGAAAAACUUAAAUUUAAAGCAUGUGCUACUAAUAAAAUAUAACUAAUAAAUUAUUUAUUGCAGUUAAA